GGAAAAUUCCUCUUUGCGUACUAUUUCACAAUGGCGCUUCUUGAUGCCACUAAUUUUCUUUCAGUAUUUUGUCUCUGCUUUUUUGUGCUGAGCGUUUUAGAGUCUUCGUAUGAAAUGAAUAACACGGUGAAAGUAUACAGCACAACGAUUUUCAUGAAUAGUACUUUUUCUAACAAGGUAAAUCCGACACAGCAAACUACACCGAAUACAAGAAAUGAUUCAGAUAUUCACGGAGAACUUGAGUCUCGCAGAAAGAUAUUUGAGAAUAUUUUACAAACAUUGCAAGUCGAUGGCGAAAUGAAAGUUGAGAAUCUUGAAAGUCUAUUACAGAAACUGGGAAUGAAAAAUUGUUCAAAAGCAAGCCCAUUCAAGUGUGUAUCAUUGCAGUCUUUGAAAAACAUCCACAGUUUGGAAGAAGAUGUUGUCAUCAAAGAAAGUGUUUUUUCUCAGAUUUCAACAACGAUUAUAAUUUCUUUGACUUUGCCCAAGUCAAAAACAAUUUUCACAAGAGAAUUUGAUGCUUACGAAGAAAUAAAGAAAAAAUAUUCCACAAGUGCAAUAUGUGAACAAAUUGUUGAUCAAAUGCUGUACGAUUUAAAUAGAACACUUGGAAUUAAGCUCGAGCGAGAGAAGUGUUUUUCAGCAGCUGAUUUGCUAGUUGACCUGAAUCUUCCUAUUAAUGGUAAUAUUAAAAAGAAAAUGGUCCCAAAACUACACAUGGCAAUCAUCUCCAAACUUCUUCAAAAACAAUGUAUCAAAAUAAAAUACGAAAAUCCAUUACCUUGUACUUCGUAUUUUGCGAUCAAUCUUUUUCAAGAGUACGCUCAUAAUAACGUUAUUUACAAAGAAAGCGUUCAAGAGCUAAUGAAGAACUUAAAACUUGGUCGGCAGCUCAAGAAUGAAAAUUACUUGCAAGAAGAGUUAUCGGAAAACAAGUUUGCUAGGCGCAAAAGAAGACGUUCUUCAAAUCUACGCAAAAAUCAGCAUGGAAAUUUCUCCAAUGUCUAUGAAAAAUGUUACUCUGUUGACGAGCUUUUCUCAAUAUAUCACGUGAAUAAACACGAUGGCUUCAAUAUUAAACGUUUUGAAAGUUUAUCAAUAGCUCUUAUCGAUCAAAUCGAAAGUAAUGUGUGCGUUGAUGAACACAAUGAUAAAGACGUAGGCAAUGAUGAAAACAACUACGAUAAAGAAACAAAAACUCCCAAUGUGGCAGUUUCAGUAUGGGGAUUUGGAGUUGCUGCUGCUUCGAUUGUCAGUCUCAUAUCCGUUUUAAUGAUCAUACCACUGCUACAUACGUCAUUCUACAAAAAAUCUCUCGUGUUUCUCAUUGCUUUGGCUGUGGGUACCUUGGUUGGCGAUGCAUUGUUUCAUCUGCUUCCACGAGCAACAGGCUUCAGUUAUAUUGGAACUGAUAAAGAUCACUUUUGGAGAUUUUUUUCAGUUCUUGGUGGAAUUUAUGGUUUUUUUAUUUUUGAAACAACAGUCCAUCUUGUUUUGCGACAAAAACGCACGAUACAGAUUACAAGUAAAAAGCAAGAAUGCAUCGACAAAAAUUUGGCGACAAAAACAGAUGAAAAGAAUGGAAAGAAGAUGGACAAUCCGAUAUUCAUCAUUUCCAACAAGAUGAAUGAAAAAGAAGAAUCUGCUGUGGCAAUGAACGGUCAUAAAUUUGAAAUUGAAGAUGAUAUUGAUGAUGAAAAGCACAUUGCACCAAUGGCUUGGACAGUUAUUAUGGGUGAUACUUUGCACAACAUUGCUGAUGGGAUUGCUAUUGGUGUUGCCUUUAGUGAUAAUAUUGCAGGGGGGAUUAGCACAUCCAUUGCUGUAUUAUGUCAUGAAGUUCCACAUGAGCUAGGUGACUUUGUUGUGUUGCUCUCGGCGGGAAUGAGUGUUCGACAAGCUGUUGUUGCCAACUUUUUGUCAUCGUGUUUCUGUUUUAUGGGUCUUGUACUUGGAAAGAAAAUUGCUGAGAUUGAAGAUGCUAAUUUGUGGAUACUCGGCGUUACUGGAGGAUUUUUCUUGUACAUUGCUCUUACAAACAAAUUACCUGAGUUGAUGCACGUGACUGAAGAAAGUGACCAAUCAAAGAUCACCUUAUUUCUUCUACAGAAUACUGGAGUUAUAAUUGGCUUUGUCUGCAUGUUCUUCUUGGCUUAUUACAAAAAGGAAAUAAAUAUUUAGCUAUAGUUAUUGCACUUGACUGCACAAUUACUUUCAUUGCUUUGCUGGACAAUGUUUAAAUACAUAAUCUUUUCGUGGCUUUAGCUGUAUGUUAACAAUGAAUAACGAUAACUUAGUAAUAAAUAAACAACGACAAAAUGGA